CCUGCAUUGACUAAAUGAUGCAACUUGUCAUUUACUUUUCAUUUAAAAGAAAAAUCAUGCCUUUUCUUAAUACAAAUUGCAUGCACUUGACCAUUACUAUCAGUAAGUUUGGUAUCUUGAUCUAGAGAAGAAAGUGCCUCUGAGGAAUUGCCAAAUAUAUUCUUGAACAAAGUACUUAUCUUUCAGAAAUUCUGCCCUCUUACAGAAAUCAAAGCACUGGUCACGCUGAGCUAGUUUACACUUUAAAUAUGAUUAUAUUUCAAAAUAAUGCAAAUUGGAUAGGGAGAAUGUAAAUUAGAAGUCCUUUCCAUGGAUGUUAUUUGCUUGCUAAGACAAUACAUAAAAGAUGACCUAUGACGUAAUUUCUGGGAAUUAACUAUAAAAAUGAGUAGCUCCUUACAUGGGGUUGAACAAGUCCAGUCAAUGGCUUCUUUUUAUGUGAUGACAAUAGUAUAUCUUAUUUCUCUUAGUAGUUAAAUGAUGCAUCUUUAUCUGUCUUUUGUCUGUAUUACAAGAGGAAAGUCCACCCUUGAAUUUGAGUAGGUUGUACUGUUAAUUAAGUUUACUUCGAAUAUGGAAAUACAGCUCAUCGACCUAUAAAAUUGUGUACUGCAACAUCCUUUAUAUAUAUACACACACACACAUGCCUUCUUCAACAAUAUUGUGCAGGUUUUGUUAUGCGCUUGUCCUAUAUUGUGCUUAACUAUUUUUUGUUUGAGACGGUGAUACAAGUUCUGAGACAACAAUGGUUUACAGAAUCUUAUGUAAUUAUUCCUACUUCCCACAUUUUUGUGAGCUAUGUCUGAUUAUCAAGUUGCAUAACAGCUUUUCAAUCCAUGGCUUGCUUAACUCUUUACAGCUUGCCAAUGCGCACCUAACAGAGACGGAUUUGGGAUAAUUCCUGCUGUUCCUUACAGUUAUUUCAUCAAUUUGUUUUAGUUUUUUACAAAGAAAUGUUAUGCUGGUCAUACCUUCUCACUCAUUAGAUGCUAACAUGCGGUUUUUGAAUUUCUUUGUUGCUGUAGCCAUUAGUUGGGUUACAGUACCGGUGCACUAUGCUCUGUGGAUGUUGAUGGUGUAUUUGACUGAUGUAUGGAAGCUCAAACUCACAGAUGCGGCUGCAAUUGUCAAUGUCUUCCUUGGUUUGCAAGCAAUCCCACAGUCAGUCAUACUGUUUUCCGCUCAUGGUUUAUUCGGCAACUAUCCAGUGCUAUUGGGUUCUAUUUUCGCCUGUUGUGUGGGCAUGGGUUUUUUAACAAUGUCGACACCGCCAGUCCUUGCUAAGGCUACUGGAACAUGCAGUGCUUAUCAGCCUGAAUGCAUUGGCGAAGGCCAGCGCAUACUCUUCUACAUAGCGUUGGCUCUGUCUGCUCUUGGGGCAGCUGGUCAAGCAGUAAGCUUUCCCUCUUUCCUAGUUGAGCAACUUGGAGAAAAUGCUAACAGGCCUUGCAUCUGGUUUCUGCAAUGUUUUGCGGUGAUUCUGUUCAAAGCUGCUGCUGUUUUGGGAUUUUCAUACAUAUCACCGUGGUCACUUUGGUUUGGUGUCCCAGCAAUAUGUUACACAGUGGCAGCCUUUAUUUUCUUGAGCGGAUCUUGUACCUAUAAAUAUGUUAAACCAGAAGGUAGCCCUAUCACUACUUUAUUCCGGGUCUUAGCAGCGUCCAUCUCCAAGUUAUUCUAUCAACUGCCUACAGAUGCGUCGCAGCUGUAUAACGUAUCUGACCGUAAUAGACAAUACGUGCCUCACACCAAUGGCCUGAGGUGUCUAGACAAGGCUGCAAUUAUCUUGCCCGACCAGACUCUGGAGCAGCAACUGAGGAAUAGAUGGAGGCUUUGCAGCAUUGCUGAGAUUGAAGUCACUAAAUUUGCAAUUCGCACAUUCCCUAUGUCAGUGACCUUCAUUCUUGGGGGGGUUAUGACUUCUUUGUCGUAUACCUACUUUCUGGAGCAAGCAAAGACUAUGAACAAUAAGGUUGGACACCUAAGAAUUCCUCUAGCUGUAUUCCUAUGGUUCCAGUUAGAAGCAAGAGAACAAUUUCCAAAAUUAUAUCACAUACUUGUGAAUUGGCGAUGGGGUUCAGAAGCAAAACCAUCAGCUCCUAGAGUGGGGGUUGCAGUAUCCAUCAUUUUGGGUGUAUUAUGCACUAUUACUGCUGCAAAAGUGGAGUCAAGAAGACUCGCUGUGGUAAAGAGCUAUGGUUUAGCAGGCGAGACCGAUGAAAAAAUUCCAAUGACUGUGUUCUGGCUGCUUCCACAGUAUCUCCUUCUUGGGGCGGUAGAGGGGAUGUUUGCAAAGAGCUUUAAUAGUUACUACAGUGGUUACUUUGAGCCCAUAUCUGCGUCGUACAUGCUCAGUGGCUGCAAUCUGAUGCAGGGAUUAGGAUGUAUGAGCAACAUUUUGUUAGUGUACAUAGUGAGUAAGGUUAGUCAGAGGGGAAAUAAACUAAGUUGGUUUCAGGAUACCCUGAAUAAGAGUCGAGUUGAUAAGUACUACUGGAGUCUGUCGUGGCUAUUAGCUAUUGCAUUUGUUUUGUUUGUUGUGAUUAGUCUGUGGUAUGCAUACAGGCGAUCAAAAGAAGAAGCACGAACAGUGUACAUCGAACAAAGUGUUACCCGUAUUGGGACUGAAACAAUUUAUGAGAUGACAUAUAGAGUGGGAAAUAGGCGCAAUAACGGUACCAUCAUUGACAUGUUUCCUUCUUUUGGGUAAUGAUAUGUUUAUAGGGAAUGAUGGUGGUUGUAACACAGAAUCUGCUGAAGCACAUUCCAUAUCUUGUGUAGUAAAGAACUACUAACUUUUCUAA